AUGUCUUUUGUUACACCAAGAUUUAUUCAAAAGUACGGUUCUAAACUAAAGUGGCAAAAUAUAAAGAUUUUAGAAAAUAAGAUAUCCCCUGAAUAUAUUUCAACGAAAUAUAGUGAAUAUUUACACAUGAAUAACAUCAUAUAUCUAUUUAAGUGGGAUAUGAGUGAGGAUACAGAGUUCUUAAAUAAAGAUCAAUGUUGGUGGUCAUUUAGUCACAAUAUAAAUAAACACAAUCUUAACAAAAAUAACAGCCUGUCCAUUAUACGAUCAAAGAUAUACACUCAAAUUUUUUCAAAGACUUUGAAGAAUGACAUGAAUACAGAUUGGGUUUGUUCACAUCGUGACAUUGAUGAUAAUAAUAACAAUAACAUAUACGAUAAUUUGAAUAUAAGUUGGGAAACAAAUAACGAUAUAAGAUGCAUAUUUCAAGAAAUAAGUACAAAUAAUGGGAACAACAAUAAUAAUCAUGGAACAUUAAAUGUUCUAAUUCGAUCGUUAAUUGAGCUCUCACAGUUAUUAAAAGAUUCAGAUCUAUAUGAAAAGAACGUAUACAGUUUAAAUCUUUCUCAUUUAUGCUUAAAAAUAUCCGGUGCUCAUAGCAUAAAUCUUCAUGAAAAUUUAGAUUCAGCUUCCAUCUCUUCACAAAAUAAUAGUCCAGACAAAAUUGAAGAUAAAGUUUUGGAUUACAAAGGGUUGCUAAAAUUGGCGACGUUAUCUAGAGAAGAGACAGAUCUACAGAAAUUAAUGAAAUUAUUGAUCAAAAACUAUGGUUUCAAUAAACCUUCAUUGGUCUAUGAUUCUCUCCUCAAUGAAAAAUGGUUAGUAUUAUCUCAUUAG